CCUUUCCGAUCCUGGCAGCUCACUGGAUUGUCAAGCAAGGUGGUAUUUGUUGCAGUUCAGAUGGGAGUCCAGUUUCACUUUUUGAAGCAAUGAAGCCUCAGAUUGAAGCAUAUAACAAGUUGAAUAAAAUAAUGUCUAUUACAUGUUCAGAAAAAGAUAACACAAUCAUUGAUGAUUCAUUUGAUCCAGAUUGGACAAAUAUAAUAGCCGAGGCUGAAAGAAAAUAUUUGCAAGAACCAGUAAACUCAACAAAAACUGUAAUGCCUCCUCCAUACAACCCAAUUUAUCCAGCUUUGCCUGGACAAUGUAAAGUUUCUAGUAAGUCAAAUGGAGGGCCAGUUGACAAAAUAUUUAUUGCAUCCGCACAGGCUGCUCCAGUAAUAACCAGAUCCAAAACAGCCCAGUCAAACAGAGACAUGUCGUGAUAUGCACCAGCACCUGCCUCUGAAUGGGGUGAUGAGACAAGAGAAGACGACAUGAUCACAGUUGACAAGGUUGGUCCUGAAUUCUCUUCACCUGCUGUUAAAAAGGAAGAAUUACAAUCUGAAAUGAUGACGGAAGAUAGACCAUUCACACCAGGAGAAUGUCAAGCCAUUCUUACAGCUUUGCCUCCUUUGAAGAGACAAGAUCCAAACACAGAGUUUUGGCGAGAAUUAGAUUCCUUGGUUGAAGCACAUCAAAUGUCACUAAAAGACAUACACACUAUUGUGAAAGCUAAAAUCCCAAGAGAUAGAUGGGAACGCUUGCCAGCGUCAAUAACGACAGCCCAAUGGAUAGACUUGUGGGUUGAUGGCCAGGGACGACCACUGGGCCUUUGGAGAGCCUUAGAUGAGUUCCGAAAAGAAAUCCAAAAUAUCCUGGGCAGCGGUAAGAUUCCUUUCACAUCAGUAACAUUGAUUAAGCAAAAAGAUGAUGAAUCUCCAGAUGAAUAUGCUCUGCGUAAAUGGAAUGCUUAUGAUGGUCUCGCUGUGCUAAGAAAGAACCAGACAGAGAUGAUGUACAGUUUACUGACACACUAGUGGAUGGUUUUAGCACAAAAUAUCAACAAGCCUUAUUACUUGGAGUCAAUCCAGGAGAAACAUUUGACCAAAUUAUGCAAUGGGCUGGUCGUCUAGAGAUGGCUAUUAGAUCAAACAAGGAUGAAGGAAACAGGCAGAAUCGAAAAGGAGUGGCAUUCGUUCAAUCCAACAGCGAUGCAGAGAAGAUGUUGAAGGUAUGCCACAAUUGUGGAAAACCUGGCCACAUCAUAAAAGACGUGGGCUAAAGGUGGUGGAGCAGAAGGUAAAGGCCCAUCAUUUAAAAAGGUAAAUGCCAAAAAUAAUGAUAAAACAUCUCAAGGAAAGACGUGGACUAAAGCACAAGUUCGUCAGCUCAUUGAAGGACUUCUGAACAAGUUCAUCAGCUCAUUGAGGGAAUUUUGCACCUACAAUAAGAAUAGGCGACCCUCUGUAAGAGUAAGAAAAAAGAGACAAUCGACUUUUCAUCCCUGCCUUGACAGGGAGUCAUCCAUGUGACUGUCUAAAAGUUAAGACGAUAUCUCACUAUGCUGGACAGAGCUACCAAAGAAAACAUCCAGAAGGAAUCAGUUCCAUUGACAUUGAUUAGAGAUGGUUGCAAGUUAUUCUCGAUACACAACAUCAAUGGUAUGCUUGUUUUUAUUUGGUGUUUACCAAGGAAGUCAAGCUUUAUGGACUCCUCGGGUUCAAGGAAUAACUCGGAAUGCAACUCUGAAAUCUGGUCAACAUUUUACUCUACCCUUUAUUUCCAAAUGGGGAUUAUGGGAUUGGGUGCCAAGUAAUGAUAAAGAUCUUGCUAAAUAUUGUGAGGGCAUCUAUGGUGGAUGUAACUAUCACCAUGAAUGUUACAAAAGUAGAGUAAUUUGGCCAGUUCAAAAUGGGGAAUAUUCUAAUAGUGGUCAAAGACAAGAAAUUUGUUCAAAAGAACAAUGUGAAAUUGUGGGGUUAGACCUCAUAACUUCUUCUAAUGUGGAAAUGAAUUUCAUAUUGAAUCGUAAUCACAUGCUUACAAUAUGGGAUUCGUUGGAUCGAGGGUGUGUUUAUCCCAUAGUGUUGCCAUGUGAGGGGUUCUUAAGAGAUACUGCCUCCAGAACGACAAGAUUCAAGGGAAAUUAUUUAAGAGUAUGGCAUUCAGAAGAUGAGAACAAUUAUUGUGAAACUGAAUUAGAAAAUGGGGAAAUUGGACGGUGUUUUUAUCUUUCUGCGGAAAAGACAAACAAAGCUAAAACAUGCCCUAAUACAACUAAUGUGCCAGCUCAUGGUAUCUUGUUAGCAAAAGAAACCAAAACUUUGAUAAAUGAAGCCCACAUGGUGCGACAACGUAUCAAUUAUAAUUUGAUGUCGCUGCGUACUGUUUUUGAUAAGUCCUAUUGUGGAAAUUUUACAAAAAUAAGGAGUUGGUUGGAAAAAGAAGUAAAAUAUUAUACCUCCAAAGAUCCUCUUAGUAGUCAAAAUCGUAAACCUCGAAGUAUAUGGGGAGAUAUAGCGGGGGUAUUUGGUUCUGUCAAUUCAAUUAGUAAUACUGCUCAAAUGAGUCAAUUAAGUAAAUACACUCAGUGGGUGGGAAAAAUGACAGGGAAAGGACUUACUGAAGCUCUUCAGGGUUCUAUACAUAUUAUAGCAGCGGGUCAACAUCUUAAUAAUGCUGCAAAGGAAUUGGCAGACGCAUCAGCAAAAUCAUCUAAUUUUGAGACACACCGUGCAGCGUGUUUAUUUUUAGCUCAAAAUUUAAAGGAUCAAAUGGUGGAAGAUGUUCAAGUUAUUCGGAUGGGUCAAGUUCCUGAACGAAUAGCUGAAUCUUUGUUAUUGGUUUUUGGUAAUCAACUUAAUUUAACUUCUGCCAAACAUAUUCCAUUAGUUAAAAUUGCAAUAGAUGAGAAAUCUUUAACAGGUUCUGGAGUACUACCUUUAAUUAUGGUAUGGCCUCAAUAUGGAAAGCGCAACAUAAUGACAGUUAGAAAAUUCCAGUCAAUGGGAAUUAGACAAGGAAAUUCAGUAAUUAGAUUAGGGAAAAAUGGAUAUUGGGCUGAGGGGAAACCACCGAUGAUUUCUACCAUAGACUGUUGUGUUGAGGAACAUGAGUGGGUAAUUUGUUCAUGUUCAACAAUGUAUAGUCUAUCUCUUAAUGGAUCUGCAGUUUGGGAGGUAGUUCCUUUAGAUCAAGCCACAGGUGCAUGGCAGGUGUCAGAAGCACAGUGGUGUAUAUUACAUGAUGGAAUAAGUGAAAAUAUGAUAUAUGGGGGGAAGUUGUGUCCAAUUCCUCCUGAUCCAUUUUGCAUUGAAAUUCUCUAUCCUCUUCAUUUAGGUGGAAUACAUGUUCCACACGUGCAAUUGCUGCAGGUAGAACCACAGUGGUGGAAUAAUGAUUUAGUGGAGGAAAGGAAUUAUGAACUCUUUGAAAUGGUUAAGAUAGUCAAAAAGAGUGUUAAAGCAGCUCAAGUGGAAGGAAUUCAAGCAAUGGGACAUAUUGUCGUAGCAAAGGGAGUAGCUAAAUUAUUGUCUGAAAGGAAAUUAACACAAAUUCCAGGGAAUUUAUCAUGGUCAGACUAGAUAGUUCUUAUUAUGGUAGGAGUCCUUGUGUUUAUGUUAAUAAUACACAUCAUCAUAUGUGUUACUAGAAGGAGAGGUGCUAAACCUACCAAACUAGUUAUUUCUAACCAUAUGGAUAAAGGAGAGAAUGGGAAAUAUAGAGUAAGAUAGGAUAUUUCAUACAUUGCACACUUAUGAACACAACCCCACAAACAAUCAACACCAGCUUACUGAUUUUCAACCCCAAGGGAUAGGAUUCUUUAACAUCAACAUUUAUGUUAGUUUGUUAUUUUGGCCAGGAACUGGAGGAGUUCAGGUACCGGACGAGUCCAGGCACUGGUGAAGAUUUAUUAAUUUUUCCUUUCCUUUAGAUAACUGGGGUUCAUUUUAAAUACAUACACAUAGAUGUAAUUACACACAUAGUAUGCGGGAACAUAUCAUGGGUUGGGGUUAUUUUGUUUGUUUUGUUCUAUUCCUGAUUCCUUAUGUUUCUAUUUUCCUGUCCUUUGUGUGUCUUUUGUUCUUUGGUUUGCUUUUUCUCUCCUUACUAUCACUCCAUUAGGUGGCAAUAAUGGUGUGAAACUGACGGCCGUAGUUUCAGAAUGGGGGAGAUGAAGACCAAAAAUUUGUUAUUUUAAUAUUACUUAUACAUAUAUUUAUUUGUGAAGUUUUAGUGCAUGAUGAAGUUUACUGCAUGAGUUAAAGUCUGCAUGAACAUGUAGGAUCAUAUGACCAGACACAGGGAGAGGAAGUAAUUUUAACCAUACCAGAAAUGUGUAUGUAACAUGUUCCACUGAUGCAUAGGGUGGUUUCUUCUUUCCACCAAUGUAUGUAUGUACAAAUAUACCAACUGAUGUAAGCAUGAAGUAUACAUUCUAUUUUAAACAAACCAACAUGUUUCUGUACCUUGUAAGGAACUUGGUCAGUGGUAUAUAAGCUAUGGUCACUGUUAAAGCCUUAGAGAAACUGAGAAACUGAGAAACGGAGAAAGAACAUACAGCUGGCAAAGACAACAAGUUUCUCUCCUAUGUCUGAUACAAGUUUCUCUCCUUUGUCAGACAACAAGUUUCUCUCCUAUGCCUGAUACAUAUGUCAAUAAAGAUUUUUGACAAGGCAACUGGUAUUCGGCCCUGUGAUUAAAUUGUAAGGGGACAAGACUGAUUUUAGAU